AUGUCUACUAUUCCUAUUGAGAAGGUACUUAUUCCCCGAUACGGCGAGCAGCGGGUUGCUCAGGCAAGUAUGCCUGAUGUAGAAGCUUGGGUCGUCAAUUCAAAGUUAGAUAAGGGAAUACCCUUCAAACUCUGGAUGAAGCCAGAGAUGCAUAAGAAGCUACAGGCGUGGUACCCGAAUCUUCCUAACGCGGAGGAUAUUACCCACAGCGGUGGCUUCCUCCGGGGACGCCCUAUGCUGGAGACGGCAAUUACUAUCGAGACGUGCGGCGGUGAUAAUCGACCUAAAAAGCUAUACCGCGUUGUUCACACUAGACAACCAUUCGAAGGCAUCAAGGCCAGGGGUUAUGGAACCGUUGAAAUCAACCCUCUCCAUUUCCAAGUUCUGGUACAAAAACACCUCAACUGGCAUUGUUCGAGUCCGAGCCCUUUCCUCUCCGUUACGGAUAACCUCGAUAAACUUACGGUGAUAGCAGCAGUUUGCGAAGCCCGAGGAUUCACUGGCAUCGAAGUCCUAGAAAUCGAUCCAGCACACUCAUCGUGGGACCAUAGGCACCAAAGGUUAUGGAAUACGAAGUAUCUAGUCGACAAAUUCGACACACAAAUCUUACAAAGACGGAUGUUCUUACACCACGAGUUCCUCGUCGAAAAUAUGAUUCCGCCUGAAUCUAUUUUAGGACGCCACCCAUGGAAAUCGCUACGGCGUACACUUGAUCCAAGCAAGUUCUGGCUAAACCUAAUGAAAAAAAAGGUGAAACACGUCAGCCGGUUAAAGAGGAGGAGAGAGGGAGAGGGGGGCGAAAAGGAGAAAACUACGAGUAAUCAAACUAUUCAUGAGAAGGCUGAUAAGAGGGCUCUAACUGAUGGGCCUAAGACGGAAAGGAUUGGAGAGGAGGCGGCGGUGAUGAUAAAGAGACGAAAAGUAAUUGAUUUUAAGCUGCGAUUAUGA